UGUGACCGUUUCUCAGCCAUCUUGUCGAAACGAAAGGAUUCGCAUAGCAAAGCCUGCACUGUCAGUUAAAACAGAAUUUCAAGGAACAAUGGCAGAAACCCAGAUGCUGAACUUUGGACCCGAGUGGCUUCGCGCCCUGUCCGGCGGUGGCAGCGGCGGCGGCGGCGGCAGCAGCAACAGCGUCGCCUCCCCUCCCCUCUCACCAGCGCUGCCAAAGUACAAGCUGGCGGAUUACCGCUACGGCAGAGAGGAGAUGUUAGCACUUUAUGUAAAGGAUAAUAAGAUUCCUCUAGAUCUGCAUGAUAAGGAGUUCCUCCCUAUUUUACAAGAGGAGCCCCUCCCACCGUUGGCACUCGUACCAUUUACAGAAGAGGAACAGAGAAAUUUCUCCAUGUCUGUGAACAGUGCAGCUGUGCUGCGACUCACAGGAAGGGGAGUGGGGACGGUGGUGGGGGCCCCGAGGGGCCGAAGUUCCUCGCGGGGUCGAGGACGAGGCCGAGGAGAAGGAGGCUUUUACCAAAGAAGCUUUGAUGACGGUGAGGGAGGGUUUGGUCGCGGCGGGAGAGAGAUGCACCGCUCACAGAGCUGGGAGGAAAGGGGAGACAAAAGAUUUGAAAAACCAGGUCGAAAAGAUCCAGCAGUAGAUGUUGCAACAGCCCACUUCCAGCUGAAUCACACAGUUAGGGCGAACUACGAGGAGGGCGUGGCCGUCCCGGGCCGGAAACACGAGUUCACGCGCUCCGAGAGCGAGAACUGGCGGGUGUCCCGCGAGGAGCAGAACGGCGGCGACGACGACGAGGGGGGCUGGCGUCUGGCGGGCUCACGGCGGGACGGCAGCGACAGGUGGUGCCCCCCCAGCCCAGAAGGCCCGCGCUCAGCCGGGUGGGACCAGCGGCGGCGCUUCCCGUUCGACGGGCGCGAGGAGGAGCGCGGGUACCGGCGGGCGCAGGACGACGAGCGGGACAGCCUGCCCGAGUGGUGCCUGGAGGACGCCGAGGAGGAGACGGGCACCUUCGACUCCUCCGGGGCCUUCCUGUCCCUCAAGGGCAGGGCCGCAGAGCUCUCGGGCCUCCCGCAGAUGAAGCAGAAAGCCCCCAAGGAGCCCAUCCUGGAGGAGGCGGAGCUGGACUUCCGACCCGCGGAGGACUGCGAGGCACACGUCGACCCAGACGAGACCAAAGAAACGGACACCCCCGCUGGGAAGGAGGCGGACGGGAGGGAGGACUCUGGGAAGUCGGAAGAAGAGGCAGCCCCUCCCCUGUCGACGCCCCCAUGUCCAGCAGAGCCCCAGCUCCUGCGCCCCACGCCCUCUCCCCCCCAUCAGCCCGAGAGGGAGGAGGACACGCCUCCUGCCCCCGAGGCGUGGCCGGUGCCCAGUAAAGCCCCGCCCGCCAUCGCCCCUCCUGCCAGCACAGUCGCACAGCAGCAGCUGGCUCCCCCCUCCCUCCCAGAAACCUCCACCCCCACGUUUGCUGCCGCGCAGCAGCGGCGGCCCCCCGACAUGCCCCAGCUGGUCCCCGGGCCCCUCCCAUUUCCGGCAGGCAUCAUUGCCGCCAUCGGGCAGCCAGAGGCCUUGCCACACGACGCGGAUGACGACGAGGGACUGAAGCACUUUGAGCAGGAAGCGGAGAAGAUGGUGGCGUACCUCCAGGAGGACGACAAGCUUUCCGCGUCAGGCCUGGAGCCGGCCAAGCCCGCCGCCCUCCCUCUCUCCCACGAGGCUGCGCUCAAGUGGUUUUACAAAGACCCUCAGGGAGAGAUACAGGGGCCCUUCUCCAACCAGGAGAUGAUGGAGUGGUUCCAGGCCGGGUACUUCACCAUGACCCUGCUGGUGAAGAGGGGGUGUGACGAGCUCUUCCAGCCACUCGGCGAGAUCAUCAAGAUGUGGGGGCGGGUCCCCUUCACACCUGGCCCCUCCCCCCCGCCCAUGCUGGGCGACGUGGACCAGGCGAGGCUGAAGAGACAGCAGGAGCUCACAGCCCUCAACCUGUACCAGCUGCAGCAGCUGCAGUACCAGUACCUCAUCAGGCAGCAGUAUGCACAGGCCCUGGCCCAGCAGCAGAAGGCCGCGGCCCUGGGGGCCCCACAGCAGCCACAGCAGCAGCAGCACCUCAACCUCCUGCUCCAGCAGUACCAGGCCCUCAAGAUGAGGACGUCUGAACAGAGCCUGGUCCCGCCCGUCACGCGCUCCAUGUCCGUACCGGACUCGGGUUCGGUCUGGGAACUGCAGAACCCGUCCCCGCAGGCCUCGGCGUCGGCCACCGUCGCGCACGCGGCCCGCAGCGCGUGGGAAGGGGGAAGCGUGUGGGAUCUUCCGGGCGACUCCGUGGCGCAGGCUCCCUCCCUGGAGCAAAUCCAGCAGCUGGAGAAGGCCAAAGCCGCGGCGAAGCUGGAGCAGGAGCGCAAGGAGGCGGAGCUGCGGGCUAAGAGGGAGGAAGAGGAGCGCAAACGUCGGGAGGAGGCCCUUCUGGCUCAGCAGGAGGAAGAGCGCAAACGCAGGGAGGAAGAUGAGCUGGCCCGACGGCAACAGGAGGAGGCUCUGAGGCUGCAGCAGGAGCAGGAGGAGGCGCUGCGCAGGCAGAAGGAAGAGGAGGAAGAGGAGGCGCGCCGUCUGCAGGAGAGGAAGAGGCGGGAGGAGGAAGAGAGGAGGCAAAGGGAAGAGCUGCUACGCAAGCAGGAGGAGGAGCGCAAGAAACAGGAGGAGCUGGAGGCACUGCGCCGGCUGGAGGAGGAGAAGCGCCUGGAGGAGGAGGCGCGGCUGCUGCAGCAGGAGGAGCAGAAGAAGCGAGAGCAGGACGUGCAGCGGCAGAGGCAGCAGGAGGCGCUGCGGAGGCUGCAGCAGCAGCAGCAGCAGCAGCAGCUGGCUCAGAUGAAGCUCCCUUCUUCCUCCAAGUGGGGCCAGCAGGCGGCCGGCUCCCUGCCGCUGUGCCAGGCCCAGAGCGCGCUGUCGCUGGCCGAGAUCCAGAAGCUGGAGGAGGAGAGGGAGCGGCAAGCCCUGGAGGAGAGGCAUCAGCAGCAGCAGGAGCUGAUGAGAGUCAUCCAGCAGCAGCAGCAGCAGCAGCAGCAGCAGGCUCAGUCCCAGUCCCAGCCCCAGUCCCGCCUCCCAGGCUGGGGCUCCGCCUCCCGCCAGCCCUCCGCCACGCCCAAGUCCCUGCUGGAGAUCCAGAGGGAGGAGGCCCAGCAGAUGAAGCAGAGGAAGGAAGCGCCGCAGCCAGGCUGCCCCCAGCAGACCCGAACCAGCAGCAGCAGCAGCAGCAGCAGUGUGGGCUCCGUGUGGGGCUCGGCGAGCAGCGGCAGCCUGCAGUGGGGCACCGACGCGGGGAGCAUCUGGAGCAGCCCGGCGGACGCCAGCAACGCCAACCUGGGCUUCUGGGACGAGGCUGCGAAGGAGGCCGCCACAACCCCCCCGCAGAAGAACCCCGCCAAGAAGAACAAGAGCAACGCCAACCUCAGCCACUCAUCGAGCGGCCGAGCCAAUAAGAAGGCGGAGGAGGAGGAGAAGCUGCUGAAGCUGUUCCAGGGCGUGAAUCAGACUCAGGACGGGUUCACACAGUGGUGUGAACAGGCCCUGCACACACUCAACACCGCCAACAACCUGGAUGUUCCCACGUUCACAUCGUUCCUGAAGGAGGUGGAGUCUCCCUACGAGGUGCACGACUACGUCAGGGCCUACCUCGGAGACACGCCCGAGUCCAAGGAGUUCGCCAAGCACUUUCUGGAGCGCCGUGCCAAACAGAACGCCAACCACCAGACAGCGCCGCCGCAACCGCCGCUGCAGCCAGCGCAGCCAGCGCAGCCAGCGCCACAGCAGAAAGCACAGCAGCAGCCGGAUUCCGUGUGGGGUGGGACCCAGCCAGGACGUCAGUCAAUUUUUCAGUCCAAUCACAGCAGCCUGCAGCAGGCCCGCUUUGAGACGGUCACAUCAGGGAAGAAGAAGAAGAAGCAGAAGAUGGUACGAGCCGACCCAAGCCUGCUAGGUUUUUCUGUGAACGCCUCAUCAGAACGGUUGAACAUGGGGGAGAUAGAGACGGUAGAGGACUUUUGAGGCGGUGGGACGGGACUGGUGCCAAGCCCGCCAAAUAUUUCUGCUCCCAGACAACUGACAUGUCGUCCCAUCACCAGUUUUUUUUUUUUUUGUUGUUGUUGUUUUUUAAAAAUUUUCCCACUUUUUUAAGUUGAUUGUCUGGUGGGGGGGAUGCAACCGCUCCUCCCCCCAGUCAGAAGGGCCUGCGACAGCAUCGUGUUUUCGGUGAAGUGACGACAGACCAGCCAGUCGGAGGCGAACUGGACUGGAACUGUGGCUUUACAGAGGACGCGGAUCUGCUGGCCCGAGCCGCCAGAUGUUCUGGAUGUGGUUCUCCUGGAAGAUCGAAACCCACUUCCCACCUCACAGGGAAGGUUGAAAGGGAGGGUUGGGGUUACAGUACACAGUGGGGAGAGGAGGUGGAGUCAACAUCCCAUUUUUUUUUGGAAGUAGCGUAGUGGGUUGUGGUCAAUUUGGACGGGGGUAGAAAGAACAUUAGAGAAAGGAAGAACCCCCUUUGCUAUAUUUAUUGGAAGAUUUUCAGCUGCCCUUUUUUAUUUUAUUUUAAUUUCAGUUUACCCCCCCCCCCCCCCCCUUUCCCAUUUUCUGCCAGUUGUUCGUGGGAGACGAUUUGCAAACUGAUCAAAAUGGUGUCCUGUUUUAAGGACAUAUGCAACGGUUCCAAUAGUUAUCCAUUUCCUUGUAAAAUACUAGCCUGUUUAAAAGAAUAAACUUUCAAUUCUGCAACUGUAUAAUAGAGUAUGGAAAUGAGGUGUCAUACUUUUUUAUUUGGAAGAGGCUAUCCUCUUGAAUGGGUUUACAGAAGCUGACUUUGUAUAAAAAAAGAGUAUAUACUCCCAUUUUAUGCAUGGGUGUGUGCAAUUGUAUCAAUUUUUUUAUGUGCUGAAUAUUUUCAAAAAUGAAAUUUAAAAAAGGAAAAAAUGUUAUUUUGGGGAAUGUGGGUUUUCCACAGCUCCGGUGCACCCUGUGCUACAGAACAGACUUGAACGGCACACACAAACGUCACAAAACUGUAGGAGGGGCUUUGCGGUCCGGUAUAUAAACCCUGACCUUUUUUAUUCAAGCCACUGUUUACCUUUUCUAUAGGAAAUAAAACUAUUGGAAAUAUU